AUGUUUUGUCGGACUGUCACUCGCAUUUCCUCUACUGCGGGACAUCUCCAAUCUCGCUCUGUUUCGUCGUCGCCGUAUGGGCGCACACAUGUCUGGAAACGUCGUCCCCCUGUCCUACCAAACCCAAUGGUCCCCAAAUUCCCCCAACAAGUGAUACGGUCGGACGGCUCGUCAUUCAUUCAUUGGACCACUUCUCCCCGGUCACUGCUUCGCUUGACGCGCGACACGACGAGUAACCCGAUGUGGAACACUGGUGUAUGGAUGGAUGAGCAGAGUAUUGAAGAAGAGGGCGCGACGACCGGACGUCUGGGUAGAUUCAACAGGCGUUUCGUUGGGAUGGGUGGUUCAGGCGAAGAAGUCAAUUGGAUGGAAGGUUUCGAAGAACCCGCCGCAGCUGCACCGUCUGCUUCACCUCCCAACACACCUUCGAGUAAAACAACGCCGAAAAAAUGA